CGGUGGCCGAGGCUCGGGCACUGAGUCCCCCAGCCAGGCCUCCCUUGGGUUCCCAGACUGGGGCAGCAGCUACCGCGUCUCGGUGGUGGAGACCGACUACGAGGAUUACGCCCUGCUCUACAGCCAGGGCAGCAAGAGCCCUGACCAGGACUUCCGCAUGGCCACGCUCUACAGCCGGACGCAGACCCCGAGGGCUGAGCUGAAGGAGAAGUUCACCGAGUUCUGCAAGGCCCAGGGCUUCACCGAGGACACCAUUGUCUUUUUGCCCCAGACCGGUGAGGGAGGCCCCGCCCACCCGGGGGGCGGGGACUAG